CCUGGCUGGGGAGAGGGGUGUAGGGUCAAGGUCCCCACCCCGGCUAGGUGCCACCUGUCUGAGUGCCUGAGGCCCUCAGGGGCACUGUCCCCUGAGCCCACCCUGUGCCUCCGCCCGCAGGUGUGUUCCUUAUUCCCUACGUUCUGAUCGCCCUGGUGGGGGGAAUCCCCAUUUUCUUCUUGGAGAUCUCGUUGGGCCAGUUCAUGAAGGCCGGCAGCAUCAACGUCUGGAACAUCUGUCCCCUGUUCAAAGGCCUGGGCUACGCCUCCAUGGUGAUCGUCUUCUACUGCAACACCUACUACAUCAUGGUGCUGGCCUGGGGCUUCUACUACCUGGUGAAGUCCUUCACCACCACGCUGCCCUGGGCCACGUGUGGCCACACCUGGAACACUCCUGACUGUGUGGAGAUCUUCCGCCACGAAGACUGUGCCAAUGCCAGCCUGGCCAACCUCACGUGUGACCAGCUUGCAGACCGCCGGUCCCCUGUUAUCGAGUUCUGGGAGAACAAAGUCUUGCGGCUAUCAGGGGGGCUGGAGGUGCCCGGGGCCCUCAACUGGGAGGUGACCCUGUGUCUGCUGGCCUGCUGGGUGCUGGUCUACUUCUGUGUCUGGAAGGGGGUCAAAUCUACAGGAAAGAUCGUGUACUUCACUGCUACAUUCCCCUACGUGGUCCUGGUCGUGCUGCUGGUGCGUGGCGUGCUGCUGCCUGGCGCCUUGGAUGGCAUCAUCUACUAUCUCAAGCCUGACUGGUCGAAGCUGGGGUCCCCCCAGGUGUGGAUAGAUGCCGGGACUCAGAUCUUCUUCUCUUACGCGAUCGGCCUGGGGGCCCUCACAGCCCUGGGCAGCUACAAUCGCUUCAACAACAACUGCUACAAGGAUGCCAUCAUCCUCGCCCUCAUCAACAGCGGGACCAGCUUCUUUGCUGGCUUUGUGGUCUUCUCCAUCCUGGGCUUCAUGGCUGCAGAGCAGGGCGUGCACAUCUCCAAGGUAGCAGAAUCAGGUAAGGCCCCACCUCCAGGGCCGGCUUGGCCUGAGCUGCCCCGGCCACAGUUUGUAGGUGUGGAGGGCUUCAUCACUGGCCUCCUCGACCUCCUCCCGGCCUCCUACUACUUCCGUUUCCAAAGAGAGGUCUCCGUGGCCCUCUGCUGCGCCCUCUGCUUUGUCAUCGACCUCUCCAUGGUGACCGACGGCGGGAUGUACGUCUUCCAGCUGUUCGACUACUACUCGGCCAGCGGCACCACCCUGCUCUGGCAGGCCUUUUGGGAGUGCGUGGUGGUGGCUUGGGUGUACGGCGCCGACCGCUUCAUGGACGACAUCGCCUGCAUGAUCGGGUACCGACCUUGCCCCUGGAUGAAAUGGUGCUGGUCCUUCUUCACGCCGCUGGUCUGCAUGGGCAUCUUCGUGUUCAACGUGGUGUACUACGAGCCGCUGGUCUACAACAACACCUACGUGUACCCGUGGUGGGGGGAGGCCAUGGGCUGGGCCUUUGCGCUCUCCUCCAUGCUGUGCGUGCCCCUCCACCUCCUGGGCUGCCUCCUCAGGGCCAAGGGCACCAUGGCCGAGCGCUGGCAGCACCUGACUCAGCCUGUCUGGGGCCUCCACCACUUGGAGUACCGAGCUCAGGAUGCGGACGUCAGGGGCCUGACCACCCUGACCCCAGUGUCCGAGAGCAGCAAGGUGGUCGUGGUGGAGAGUGUCAUGUGACGCGCAGCCCAGCUCACAUCACCAGCUCACCUCUGGUAGCCAUAGCAGCCCCCUGCUUUAGUCCCCACCCACCCCUCCAGGGGAGCUCGCCUUCCCCUGACACUUUUGGGGUCUGCCUGGGGGAAGAGGGGAGGAAGCACCAUGUGUGCUAACUAAAAUAACUUUUUCCAUUUUUAAUAAAACGCCAAAAAUACCACAACCCACCAAAAAUAGAUGCCUCUCCUCCCCCAGCCCUAGCCAAGCUGUUCCCAGACCCCGCCUACUGCCCCUCCCCCAAGCGCCGCAGACCCAUCUCCUCCUGUCCCUGCCAUGCCCACCCCUGCCCACUUCUCCAGGCUCUGCUCUGUAACACACCCUUGGGUGGCCCCUCACCCCAGAUGCAGCAGUGGCAGUUUGGGAACCGAAAGGGGGGAGGGGAGGAGAAGGGAGGCGAGGGAGGGCAGCGGAAUCAGGGCAAAUAUUCCAGCUGGGCUAGACCCUUCUCCCCAUCCCUAUUCUAGAAGCUUAGAGAGCCAGCCAGCAAUGGAACCUUCUGGUUCCUGCGCCAAUUGCCACCAAUAUCAAUUGUGUGAGCUUGGGUACGAGUGCAUGUGUGCGUGAGUUACGUAGAAUAUAUAUAGAUCUCUAUCUCUUAGCAAAGGUGAAUACCAGAUGUAAAUGGUGCCUCUUGGCAAAGGAGGCUUGUAUUUUGCACAUUUUAUAAAAACUUGAGGAGAGAGUGAGAUUUCUGCUUGUAUAUUUCUAAAAAGAGAAAAGAGCCCAAACCACCCUCUCCUUAGCACUCCCAUCCCCAUCAGCGCCUCCUUACCCUUCUGCCCCCAGCCAAGGAGUGUGAAUUUAUAGAUCUAAUUUUCAUAGGCAAAACAAAAGCUUCAAGCUGUCGAGUGUGCGAGUCUGUUGUAUGGAUAUGCGUGUGGUCCCCAGCCCCAGACUGGGGUGGAAAAGUGCAUGGUGGGGACCUCUGGGGUGUCCCCACGAUGCCCCUUCGCCCACAAGCCUGUGGGGGAGAGGCUGCCAUCCUCUGUCCCGAGCCCCUGGGGCUGCUCGCGGGCAGGCUCAGGCUCGCCCACACCCUGCUCCCUGGGCCGGCACAACCCCGGGACGGGAUCCCGGGCACGGCUCCCACCUCCGAGCUUAGGGCCGACGCACUUUCUACAUCUCGAGUCUCGAGUCUCCCUACGUGUAGCAGCUUUAACCCCCGCACGUCUGUGUCCGUCAAGCCCUGAGCCGGCCGAGUGGCCCCUGAAAGGCUGCCCCCACCCAGGACAGAGGCUGGAGGGGUGGGGCCGGGGAGGGCGGCGGGCCUGCGGGGACAUUCGUACUGUGCUCAAAAAGCCACUGCAAACAUAGCAAUAAAAACUUGUCAUUUUCCAGA